GAGAGAGAGAGAGAGAGAGAGAGAGAGAGAGAAAGGGUACAAUAGGAGUGCGAGCGAGAGAAGGAGGAAGUGCAAAGAGCCGCAAAACUGCACAAUCGAUUCGCUUUUUCUACCAAGCCCAUGAAAAUGCCCAAUUUUGCAGGCAGCUGGAAGAUGAGAAGCAGUGAGAAUUUUGACGACCUCCUGAAAGCCCUGGGAGUGAAUGCCAUGUUGAGGAAGGUGGCCAAUGCGGCAGCCUCCAAACCCCACGUCGAGAUCCGCCAGAAUGGAGAACAGUUCUACAUUAAGACCUCCACCACCGUACGCACCACUGAGAUCAACUUCCACGUCGGCGAGGAGUUCAAUGAGGAGACAGUGGACGGGCGGAAGUGCAAGAGUCUGCCAAUAUGGGAGACGGAAUCCAAGAUCUACUGCAAGCAGACUCUUAUGGAUGCAGGAGGCCCAAAAACCUUCUGGACAAGAGAGCUGAGGGGAGACGAGCUUGUCCUGACCUUUGGAGCCAAUGAUGUGGUGUGCACACGGAUAUACGUCCGGGAGUGAUUGACCGUUGACAUAUUGGAUUGUCAUCGGAGACAUUUGCAGUCUACAGUGUCCGUCAGAAUAACCUAACCAUGUGGCUAGUUUCUGCACCCAUUAGACACAUUUGUGCUUUCUAAACAUGUUUAUCAUUUUGUGUUCAGUACAGUUUUUUUUAUUUACACGCAAAAUUUCAUGAGCUUCCCUGUUGCAAACAAGAACAAUAAAAAGAUAGUUACAAUUUGAAA